CACCAGGGAGCACAGCGCGAACACAUAGGGAGCAGCCCGCGGUCCUGGGUCCUUGGGCUCCAGCUGCUGAGGUUCGAGAACAGGCGGCGAGAUGAGCCGGGUGCCCGUUUUCCUGAGUGCGGCCGAGGUGCAGGGCCACCUCUGCAGCUCCAGCCUCCUCAUCCCGCCACUGGAGGCGGCGCUGGCCAACUUCUCCAGCGGCCCGGAUGGAGGGGUCAUGCAGCCGGUGCGCACCGUGGUGCCGGUGGCCAAGCACCGCGGUUUCCUGGGGGUCAUGCCCGCCUACAGUGCAGCAGAGGACGCCCUGACCACCAAGUUGGUCACCUUCUACGAGGGCCACAGCACCGACUCCACCGUCCCCUCUCACCAGGCCACUGUGCUCCUCUUUGAGCCCAGCAACGGUUCGCUUCUGGUGGUCAUGGAUGGCAGUGUCAUAACUGCAAAGAGAACAGCUGCAGUGUCUGCCAUCGCCACCAAGCUUUUGAAGCCCCCCAACAGUGAAGUGUUGUGCAUCCUUGGGGCUGGGGUCCAAGCCUACAGUCACUAUGAGGUCUUCACAGAGCAGUUCUCCUUUAAGGAGGUGAGGAUAUGGAACCGUACCAGGAAAAAUGCAAAGAAAUUUGCAGACAGCGUGGAAGGAGCAGUGCAGGUCUGUUCAUCAGUCCAGGAGGCUGUGGCAGGUGCUGAUGUGAUCAUCACAGUCACCAUGGCAACAGAGCCCAUUUUGUUUGGAGAAUGGGUGAAGCCAGGGGCUCACAUCAAUGCCAUUGGAGCUAGCAGACCUGACUGGAGAGAGCUGGACGAUGACCUCAUGAAACAAGCUGUGCUGUAUGUCGAUUCCCGGGAGGCCGCCGUGAAAGAGUCUGGAGACGUCCUCUUGUCAGGGGCUGAGAUCUUUGCUGAGCUGGGAGAAGUGCUGAAGGGAGUGAAGCCAGCUCACUGUGAGAAGACCACGGUGUUCAAGUCUUUGGGAAUGGCAGUGGAAGACACAGUGGCAGCCAAACUCGUGUAUGAUUCCUGGUCGUCUAGUAAAUAAAACAAAGGAGCCUUGUGUCAUGGUGGAUGUCACAGCACAAGGCCUGUUGGCCACUAGUUGUCUCAUGAUUUCUAGAUCAAUUGAGGAAUCCCAGUCCCCAUGUGCUGUGGUUCUGUGCUUCAGUGCUAACAUUCCUCUUUGUAUCUGUAGUUGGAAAGGAAAGAGAGGUGGCCAUUUCUUUUACUCCAGACUAGAGUAGUAGUCUGCUUUCCCUUGUACUUCAUGGCCUUUUGUAGUUCCUGGAAAUAAAGCACCUUUCAGCUGUGCA